AUGUCGGGUACAUGGUCACGGAAGCGGAGGAGUGGAAACAAUCGGGAUAAGCCUAUCAUCGGUGCUCCACAGCCAGCCACUUCUUCCAAUUCGUGGGAUCCAUUACGGGAAUAUCAAAUACUGCCACCACCGCUUCAAAAGCAACAACAGCUCCUCUCCCGCUCGACCGACCGCAUGUUUGAUGAGGCCCAGGUCACCGGCAUAUUGAAUUUGGCGGGCCGAAAGCUGAAAGAGUUCCCCCAGGGCCUCGCCAACAAAUACGAUAUCACCGAUGCUGUAUCGGCUGAUAUCAGCAACAAUCGGUUGCUAGAGUUACCCGCCGGAAUCUGCGAGUUGCGAUCCCUUGAAUCGCUGCGGGUGAAGGCAAAUGUAUUGCGAAGAGUGCCUUCUGAUAUUGCUCUCCUCGAUAGGUUGACGUUUUUGGAUUUUAGCAACAAUCAUCUAACCACCCUGCCAACCGAACUCUUCGAUCUACCCAUCGAAAUCCUAAUCCUAUCCGGAAAUUGGUUUGAGCAUAUCCCGAGGGAAAUUCGUCAGCUCUCCUGCACCCUAUAUGAAUUGGAUAUAAGCUGCAACAACCUGAAAUCAAUCCCAUCUGAAGUUGCACUGCUGAAAUGCCUGCGUAUCCUGAACUUACGCAAGAAUUGCUUGGACCAAUUCCCUGCCGAACUAUGUCGGCUGCCACUCCAGAAUUUGGACCUCUCCAGCAACCAAUUUACCCAUCUUCCGCUCCAAAUCUGCAAAAUGAAGACGCUGGUUGAAUUCCGUAUUGAGGAUAAUCCAUUGGUAGCUCCACCGGCAAAAAUCGUAUCAAAGGGGCGACAACAUAUUUUCAAAUGGAUGGAGAUUGAGAGUGGCGGUGGGCUUGGACCGAAGUAUUCCUAUGCUUCUGGCACGCUGAGGCCACAUAAUUAUGGCAGAACGCACGCACCUAGCUUGGAUGACGCUACCCUACGAAGACAACCAAUUGACACUUCAUCCGUCUAUAACGUCAAACAGCGUGUCCCAAAACAACCAACCACAAUGGCACAAAGCCAAAGAAGCGAUAGCGGAUAUGCCAGCACAAUUGAUGAACAUCGUAUCUCCAGCGAGUUGCCGUCUAGUGGACUGGAAAAUAUCAAUGAGACUACCAUCACCAGCAGGAAAGUUAAUGGGUUUGCGGAUAAAUCCAAAGGAAGCCCCACAAGCAUGUCUUUGACAUCUUCUGUCGAUUCGAAUUCCUCUACUUCAAGCCGUACACAUCCACCGGCUCAACCCAAACUUCCAACUGCUCAGCCACCUAAAAAGACAUCGCCGACUACAAAGCCUAACGAAGCGAUCGCUACUACAAAAGCGGCCGACAAGAAUGCAAAUACCAUCAAUAACAAUGUGCCGAUGAAGACAACAACCAUCGAGAGGAAAACGACAGAAAUUAUUAGAAAGAAUUCGACCAUCACCUCGAAUACAACAAAGCCCGUCUCAAAAGUGGCUCCAUUGAUGAAGAAGCAAGAAAGUGAUAAUGGGAAUAUUAUAAAGACAACUACAACUACCACAAAGAUAACACGCCCAGCCACAAAACCAUUGGGCAGUGCUCGUGCGGUGCAUCCUGCUCCUCAGCCUCAACCAGCCGUCAAAAAACCUGCAGCUCCUGCUCCAACAAGACCCAUCAUACAAUCCGCGCCGAGCCGAACAAAUCUCUCGUCAACAGUGACUCGUCCUACUGUAAAGCCACCAACACCUCCAGUAGACACCAAAACAUCCACCUCAACCCCGCCCCCACAAAAAUCGGAUGUGCUCGAAAAUCUCAGAACAAUCUUCAAGAGUCGGCUUGGUCUAGAUCUGAAUCCAAAGCAAGAUGAACUGGCGGCUCAACUUUGCGAUGGCAUCCAUCUAUGCAAUUUUACGAAUGCUCUGAAAGUUAAAGUUGUUGGUUCGGUCUACACUCCCACUGACGAUAAGCCGCUUCCUUCUCCAAAAGCCAAGCGGAAUGUUGAAAACUUCAUCAUUGCUUGUCGAAAAUUGGGUGUUCCAGAGUCUUACAUCUGCUCGGCGGCUGAUAUCACCUCAAAGAAAAAUCUGCAAAUGACAGCCAAAACGAUCCUCGUGCUGAACAAAAAAUAUCCAGUU